AGCUCCUCCACAACGCCAGGGUGCACGAUUAGGCAGCCCUGUAGGAUCUGCGAUCGGAGUCAUCGAAACACCUCAUAAAUUCACGGACGCUUCGAAUCCCCGAAUACCCCCAAUCUCAACACCAUGGCCGCGGGCGGCUUCAAAAUGUCGCUGGGCGGCUUGAAGGCAAAGCCCGGCCUCAAAGGCGUUAUAGCCAAGGGCAACACGAAACCGAAAAAGGCGCUGCUCGGCGACGACGAGCCGGAAGACGCCAACAAAGCGCAGGAAAUCGCCGGCUUCGACGCCGCAGAAGGCGGCGCAAUCGACAUCAACGGCCCCAAGGAAAAGAAAGGCCCGCUCGUCAUCCCCUCGCUGCCAAACCGCAAUUGGCGCGAGGAAGCGCGCAAAAAACAGCUCGAGCGCGCGCCGCACACACAGCAACAACAGAAUGGCGAUGUGGUCAUGGAGGAGCCCGAGAAGGAGAUAGUCUACGGGCUGACGGUGCCCACGAAGCCCUCCUCCGCGCAAGAAACAAAUCCCACGCCCGCCCCCGAGGCCAUGGACGUCGAUCCCAACGACGCGCUCACGCCGGCCCAGCGCCUCGACAACCAGGCCCUCGAAGCCCUGCUCACCGGGUCCGCCACAGACACCGCGCGCAUCGUGCCCGCCAUCUCGGACGAAGAAGCGCUCGCCGCGGACCUGCUCGACGCGCCCGACGCGCCCAGCCUGGACGCCUACGAAGCCACGCCGAUCGAGGGCUUCGGGCUCGCGAUGCUGCGCGGCAUGGGGUGGAAGGACAGCGACGGCGAGGCGCGCAGCGGCAAGGCGCCCGCGGAGGUCAAGCGCCGGCCCGCGCUGCUGGGGAUCGGGGCCAAGGCGGACGCAGCGAAGGAUGUGGAGCUGGGCGAGUUUAAUAGCAAGGCGCGCGGGAAGAAGGGCAGGGAUGCGCCAGCGGGGUAUAAUCCCGUGUCGCUGCGGAAUAAGAAGACGGGCGAGGUGGUGUCGGAGGAGGAGCUGAAGCGGAAGUUGGAGGGGCAGGAGUUGGUGGGGGAGGAGAAAGGGGGUCGCCGUGACGACAGAGACAGAGAGCGUCGCGACGACAGGGACCGCGAGAAGCGCGAUGACAGAGGCCGCGACGACAAAUCCCGCCGCGACGACAAACCCCGCCGCGACCGCCACCGCGACUCAGACUACGAC